CCGACGAUCUUGCUCCCGCCAAGCUCUCUCCCGCUGCACUCCAUCGCAAUGGUCCAAAAGAUCGCGCUCCUCUCCGUUUCUGACAAGACCGGUCUCCUGGACCUGGCCAAGGCCUUCCACGCCGUCAACGUCCGCCUCGUUGCCUCGGGCGGCACGGCCAAGGCUAUCCGUGAUGCUGGUCUCCCCGUCGACGACGUCGCCGACAUCACCAAGGCCCCCGAGAUGCUCGGUGGCCGUGUCAAGACCCUGCACCCCGCCGUCCACGGCGGCAUCCUCGCCCGCGACAUCCCCCAGGACAACGCCGACAUGCAGAACCGCGGCUACGACAAGAUCGACUUUGUCGUCUGCAACCUCUAUCCCUUCCAGAAGACCGUCGCCAAGGCCGGCGUCACCAUCCCCGAGGCCGUCGAGGAGGUCGACAUUGGCGGCGUGACCCUUCUCCGUGCUGCUGCCAAGAACCAUGCUCGCGUCACCGUCAUCAGCGACCCCACCGACUACCCCGCCGUCAUUGCCGAGAUCCAGGCCUCCUUCGCCGCCUCCGGCGUCGCUACCGUCAGCGAAGCCACCCGCCAGAGCUCUGCCCUCAAGGCCUUCACUCACACUGCCGACUACGACACCGCCAUCAGCGGCUACUUCCGUGAGCAGUAUGCUGGAAACGGCAAGCAGCAGCUUGUCCUCCGCUACGGCGCCAACCCCCACCAGAAGCCCGCCCAGGUCUUCAACACCCAUGGCCCCCUCCCCUUCACCGUUCUUGCUGGCUCCCCCGGCUACAUCAACCUCCUGGAUGCCCUGAACGCCUGGCCCCUUGUCAAGGAGCUCAAGCAGGCCCUCGGUCUCCCUGCCGCCGCCUCCUUCAAGCACGUCUCCCCCGCCGGUGCUGCCGUCGGCCUUCCCCUCUCGGAUAUUGAGAAGAAGGUCUACUUUGUCGAGGACAUUGAGCACACCCCUCUGUCGUCGGCCUAUGCCCGCGCUCGUGGUGCCGACCGCAUGUCGUCGUUUGGCGACUGGAUUGCCCUCUCCGACGUCUGCGAUGUCGCCACCGCCAAGAUCAUCUCCCGCGAAGUCUCGGAUGGUGUUAUUGCUCCCGGAUACACCCCCGAGGCCUUUGAGAUCCUCAAGAAGAAGAAGGGUGGCAAGUACACCCUGCUCCAGAUCGACCCCAGCUACGAGCCCGAGGAGAUCGAGAGCCGCCAGGUCUACGGCCUGACCCUGCAGCAGAAGCGCAACAACCUGCAGAUCACUGCCGAGGUCUUCAAGAACGUUGUCACCAAGAGCGUCUCGGCCCUCUCCGAGUCUGCUGUUCGCGACCUCAUCGUCGCCACCAUUGCCCUCAAGUACACCCAGUCCAACUCGGUCUGCUACGCCAAGGACGGUCAGGUCGUGGGCCUGGGUGCUGGCCAGCAGUCCCGCAUCCACUGCACUCGUCUUGCUGGCGAGAAGGCCGACAACUGGUGGUACCGCCACCACCCCAAGGUGCUCGGCUUCCAGUUCAAGAAGGAGGUCAAGAGAGCCGACAAGGCCAACGCCAUCGACCUUUAUGUCACCGACCAGAUCGACGAUCGCCAGCAAUGGGAGUCGCUCUUCGAGGUCGUGCCCGCCCCCUUCACUGCCGACGAGAAGAAGGACUGGAAGAAGCAGAUGAACGGCCUGGUCGUCUCCAGCGACGCCUUCUUCCCCUUCCCCGACAACAUCCAGCGCGUCGCCCAGAGCGGUGUCAAGUUUGUUGCUGCCCCCAGCGGCUCGGUCCAGGACGAUAUUGUCAUCAAGACCGCCGAUGACUUUGGCAUUGCCGUUGCCCACACCCAGUGGCGCCUGUUCCACCACUAGACCCCUGUACAUUUUCCCCUUUUUAUUGCGUUGUUCUCCUACCCCCUUAUUGUUUACUUCCCUGGCCUUUUGCAAUCACCACUGAGCAGUUCCUCGCGCAAGCCAAUAAACGCCGUAUGGACCAAAUCGUACGCCCGCUAGUUGCUCCG